CUGCAGCAGUAGAAGGUGAAGAGGCAAGAAGCGUGCUCACUCACGAGCUAGCACUGCAGCAGCUGCAAGCCGAGCUCCACGCGAUGAAAUCGGACGCAAAUGAAAUGAAGACUCUACUAUUGGCUGCUCUCCAAAAUCGCAACGACGGCUACGAAGCACCGCCUCACAGCCGACGAAAGCGACGAGCAGACGAGAAUGAAACAUGGCCGCUGUCGCGGCUAGGGACCAACGCCACAGCCGUCGAGACGGCGGAAUCGACGGUGGUGACAUCUGGCGGCGUUACUCUCGGCGAAGAGAUCGAGAACUUGCGACGUCGCGUCGACAUGCUCGCCAGCGACGCGUUACUUGCUGGCAGUAAGAACGCGAGCAGCGGAGAAGGAGGAGCCGUGUACGUGAGGUGGGGUCGCACAAGCUGUCCAGAGACUGGAGCGGAACUUAUCUAUGAUGUUUAUACAAAGGUUAUAUCUAUGAUGUUGAUCUUCACCGGAGAAGGAGGAGCCGUGUACGUGAGGUGGGGUCGCACAAGCUGUCCAGAGACUGGAGCGGAACUUAUCUAUGAUGGGGUGGCUGGCAAUUCUCACCACACUCACACGGGAGGAGGAGGAGACUACCAGUGUCUUCCAAACGAACCACAGUGGGGAAGGUAUGCCGAUGGCUUCCAGGGGAAAAACUACAUCUACGGCGUCGAGCACGAGAUUAACGGCUACAACCCGUUCCUGGACAGCCACCUGUCCGGUGAAGCUCUGCACAACCAGGAUGCUGUGUGCGCGGUUUGUCGCACGCAGGGACGAGCCAGCAAGCUGAUGAUACCGGCCUGGAAGACCUGUCCACAGAGCUGGACGCUGGAAUAUCACGGGUAAGUGCAUACACACACACGCGCGCACACACACA